UGCUCUUCCAUCUACAUACGCAAGUCGACAGAGAGAUUGCUCAAAACCCUCUGCAAAGGCAUUUGGCAUCACGCUCCACCUCUGAUAUCAUCUUGAGCUCCUCACCGAGAGACAGCCUACUUCAAAAUCCACCUCGUCUGUUUAAGAAUUGAGACGCGGACCGACGACACCAAGAAGAAUUCGCAGCCAUGUCUCAAGCAUACGGCGAGGGAGGCCCGGCAGGUACAGAGAAGAUCAACACCGAGAUUGUCACUCUCUCGAGAUUCUUGAGCGAGGAGCAGGUCAAACACAAAGAGGCUACUGGUGACUUCACUCUGCUCUGCCAUGCCCUGCAAUUCUCCUUCAAGUCGAUAGCUUACUACAUCCGCCGCGCAUCCCUGAUCAACCUUUCCGGACUUGCUGGCUCCUCGAACACCACCGGAGACGAGCAAAAGAAGCUCGAUGUCAUCGGUCACGAUCUCUUCGUAGCUGCCAUGAGGUCUUGUGGUCGAGUCCGAGUUCUAGUCUCGGAGGAGGAAGAGGAAGCGAUCGUGUUCGACAGCCCAAACGCUCGCUACGCAGUUGCUUGCGAUCCAAUCGACGGCAGCAGCAAUCUCGACGCCGGUGUCUCGGUCGGAACAAUCUUCGGAAUAUACAGACUCGACGAGGGAUCCAAGGGCACCAAGGAGGACCUUCUUCGUCCUGGCACCGAUCUUGUCGCCGCAGGUUUCACCAUGUACGGUGCAUCCGCACAGCUCGUAAUGACUAUGCAGGGCGGAGCUGUGAACGGCUUCACAAUGGACAAUGCCCUCGGAGAGUUCAUCCUGACUCACCCGGACAUGAAGAUGCCGAAGAAGCGAGCGAUCUACAGCUGCAACGAGGGCAACAGCAAGUACUGGGAGGAGCCAGUGAAGGAGUGGGUCGAGAGCCUGAAGCAGGCGGACAAACCGUAUUCGGCUCGAUACAUUGGAUCCAUGGUUGCGGAUGCAUACCGUACGCUUUUGUACGGCGGCAUCUUUGCGUAUCCCGCGGACAAGAAGUCUCCCAAGGGCAAGCUUCGUAUCCUGUAUGAAUGUGGACCGAUGGCUAUGAUCUUCGAGCAAG